CUACCUUCCAAACACAAAGUCAAGCCAAAUCCCAUUCAAGAAGAACCCACUUUUCUUUUAUAUUCUUUAUCUAAUUUUCUUCUUCCAAUUUGUAGGCAUAAAAAAAAAGGUGCAAAAGAAAAGGAUGGUUAGCAGUACUAGAAUCACCAUUAAUACCAUCAUCAAUAACCUAUGCAGCAUUGGAAGUUAUGGCGACCUGGUCAGAUACAUACCAAACACAAAAAGGGGGACUAUUCGAAUCCUGCAUGAACUUCAGCAGUUGGGUUAUAAAAGGUGUAUCAGAAUUUUAGUGAUAUUUACACUGUGGGGAUGUAUCAAUCUACAGCUUGGACGUGUGUGGCCGUUUUGGCCGUGUGCUUGUGCUGGUCUUCACUACAAGCUGGAACACAAGCGCAGAAUAUUACCAACCCAGUAGAAGUGACGGCAUUGAAGGCCAUAAAGAAAAGUUUGAUCGAUCCCAACAAGAAUCUGAGCAAUUGGAACCAAGGGGAUCCAUGUACAGAAAACUGGACAGGCGUUUUGUGCUUCAACAGAUCAUUAGAUGAUGGAUAUCUUCAUGUUCAAGAAUUGCAACUACUAGAUAUGAAUCUCUCAGGAACUUUGUCACCAGAGCUUGGCCGCCUAUCUUAUGUGAUAAUAUUGGAUUUUAUGUGGAACAACAUAAGUGGAAGUAUACCAAAGGAGAUAGGCAACAUUACAUCUUUGGAACUCUUGCUGCUGAAUGGAAACCAAUUGUCAGGUCCCCUGCCUGAAGAGCUUGGUUCUCUUCCGAACUUGGACAGAAUACAAAUUGACCAGAACCAAAUUUCAGGACCGAUACCUAAAUCAUUUGCAAAUUUGAACAAAACAAAGCACUUUCACAUGAACAACAAUUCAAUUAGCGGGCAAAUUCCAUCUGAGCUUUCCAGAUUACCGAGUCUUGUCCACUUUCUUCUUGACAACAACAACUUAUCUGGGUAUCUUCCACCAGAGUUCUCAGAUCUGCCGAACUUAUUAAUACUUCAACUUGACAACAACAACUUUGAUGGGAGUACAAUUCCGGCUUCUUAUGGCAACAUGUCUAAACUGUUGAAGUUGAGUCUCAGGAACUGCAACUUAGAAGGACCUAUUCCUGAUUUCAGUAGGAUACCCAAACUUGGAUAUUUAGAUCUAAGUAGGAAUCGGCUAAAUGGAUCCAUACCUCUGGGAAAACUUUCGGAUGACAUCAUAACAAUAAAUUUAUCAAACAACACUCUUACUGGGAGCAUUCCUGCCAACUUUUCCGGUCUUCCACUGCUUCAAAGAUUGUCCAUUGCGAACAAUUCACUGAGUGGCAUUGUUCCAGCAUCCCUUUGGAAUGAUACGACACUCAAUGCAACAGAAAGACUAAUCUUGGAGUUGCAGAACAAUCAGCUUACAAAUAUAUCUGGCAGUACUCAAACCCCACAGAAUGUCACUGUCUGGCUUCAGGGAAAUCCAGUUUGCUCGAAUGCUAACCUAGACAAUUUAUGUGGAUCUGAAAAUGAUGAUGAAGAUGACAGUGAGAGUUCAACCAACUCUACUGCUGGCUGUCCAAGUCAAGCAUGCCCGCCUCCUUACGAAUAUCUUCCUGUAGUUUGUUUCUGUGCUGCUCCACUACUUAUUGAAUAUCGGUUGAAAAGUCCUGGAUUCUCAGAUUUUCGCCCUUACAAAAGUACAUUUGAGGAGUAUCUUACAUCUGGUCUCGUCUUAGAUCUUGAUCAACUGGACAUUGCUUCAUUUGUAUGGCAAAAGGGACCUCGACUGGGAAUAUCACUGAAGCUUUUCCCUGUAUAUGUUGCUGCUAAUCCCAAUAUUUCCCAUAUUUUCAAUAAGAGUGAAGUCCAAAGAAUCCUUGGCAUGUUCACAGGAUGGAAUAUUCCCGAUAGUGAAUUGUUCGGACCUUAUGAGCUAAUUGGCAUCGAUCUAUUGGAUCCUUAUAAGGGCGUUGUCCCCUCUAAGAAGUCUGGUGUAAGCAAGGGUGCUCUGGCUGGCAUAAUAGUAGGAACUUUUGCCAGUGCUGUUGCAUUAUCUGCAGUUGUCUGUUUUUUAAUACUGAGAAGGCAUCAGAGGAACCACCCUGCUAUUUCAAGAAGACGUCGUAAAUCGAAGAGUUCCAUAAAAAUUGAUGGUGUUAAGGCUUUCACUUAUGGAGAAAUGGCCACUGCUACAGACAAUUUUAACAUUUCUGCUCAAAUUGGCCAAGGUGGUUAUGGAAAGGUAUACAAAGGCACUCUGGCUGAUGGCACACUUGUGGCCAUAAAACGUGCACAAGAAGGAUCGUUACAGGGUGAGAAGGAGUUUCUAACAGAAAUAGAACUAUUGUCACCCUUACAUCAUAGGAAUCUGGUCUCCUUAGUUGGAUAUUGUGAUGAUGAAGGUGAACAGAUGUUGGUUUAUGAGUUCAUGUCGCAUGGCACUCUAAGGGAUCACCUCUCUGCAGUUAGGUCGAAAGAACCUCUGGGAUUUGAAAUGAGAUUGAGAAUUGCUCUGGGAUCAGCCAGGGGCAUCCUCUACCUACAUACAGAAGCCAACCCUCCGAUAUUCCAUCGAGAUAUCAAGGCCAGCAACAUAUUAUUGGACUCCAAGUUUGUAGCAAAGGUUGCUGAUUUUGGACUUUCCCGACUUGCCCCAGUACCUGAUCUUGAAGGGACUACGCCUGCUCAUGUAUCCACAGUAGUGAAGGGGACGCCAGGUUACCUUGAUCCGGAGUACUUCUUAACCCAUAAACUAACAGACAAGAGUGAUGUUUAUAGCCUCGGUGUUGUGUUUCUGGAGCUCUUAACUGGAAUGCAGCCAAUCUCACAUGGAAAAAACAUUGUUCGAGAGGUAAAUAUUGCAUUCCAAUCCGGUAUGAUCUUCUCAGUAAUUGAUGGGCUAAUGGGGUCUUAUCCUUCUGACUGUGUGGAAAAGUUCUUGAGUUUAGCCCUCAAGUGUUGUCAAGAUGAGACAGAUGCAAGACCCUCAAUGGCAGAGGUGGUUCGAGAGCUCGAAAACAUAUGGUUUAUGAUGCCGGGGACGGACAGCAGAACAACGGAAUCAGUGCUCAGUAGUAGUACCGGAAAGGUAGUGAGCGAUUCACCAUCUUCAUCCAAUGCAGGGAAGAAUCCCUAUGUUUCUUCAGAUGUCUCCGGCAGUGACCUUGUUAGUGGAGUCAUACCUACAAUCACACCAAGAUAGCUAGGAACCCUAGCAACAUUUCGCUUUUGUUCUGGAAAAUUAAAAUCUGAUUCACAUUUUUGUAUCCUGGUUUUUGUACAGCCUUUCUUGUUACAGUAAUAUUUUGUAAGGAUGAUAGUUAGAGGCAGAAGUACAUUGUUUGAACCUUUUAUUGUAACAAUAAUGCACCUGACAAUCAAAAACAAUUGCUCAGAACGUAGUUUUGUUAUCUUAAUUGAGAUUUCUUCUUUCCCCCA